CCCUGGCACGUGCAGCCAAUCGCCCCGUCGGCCGCCCUUCAGCCGCGGCUCGCAUCCAUCACAGUUCCUCUCUCGUACAGCACUCAACUACGAACCAACGAUAAGCGACUCUGUCUGAGACGCCGCCUGGCAAACUCCAACAUGUUCCAUUCCUCACCACUGCCUUUGCCACAUGCAGCAAUCUUUCCCAUGUCCCGGAUUUCAGCCUCCGCCGUUGCAUCCGCCGUCAGUCGGCCAGACAGCCGACGUGCCAAGCAUGAUGCGUGGCUGGGAAGUCAGUCAGUCAGUCAGUCGGACUGCCCUUCGCGGCCACCACCACCACCAGCUUUGUUGUCGUCGGCUUCGUCAUCUCCGAAAGCCCAGCAGUCGCACAGGAGAAGGGCAAAGUCAGACUCCACUUCCAAUAACGUUGCGCAGAUUGCUCCCUCUCUUGGUCCUAGCCACGCCCAACCAUUCAUCCGAGCUAGCCUGCAUCUGGCCGCCAUCUAAACAAAUAAACACUCACCAAGCAUACAAACUCCACCAAGCAACUCCAUCAUGGGUCCCUCAUUUCGCUGCCCAUAUAUAG